AUAGACAAACAAAAAACAGAAACAGACGCAUAGAAGAGAAGGGAGAGAAGAGAGGGAGAGGUGAAUUACUGGAAUAAAAGGUCAAACGGUAAAGAUAAAGCAGUGUUCCUGAUUCAGACUGGAUUGAAGAUACAAGAUACAAGACGAAACAGAAAGAAAUAAAGAUGGCACAGGCCCCCAAGAUUGAACUCUUUGUUAAGGCCAGUGUUGAUGCUGAGAGUGUCGGGAACUGCCCUUUCUCUCAGAGACUCUUCAUGAUUCUUUGGUUGAAAGGGGCCAACUUCACCCUCACCACUGUGGACAUGAAGAGAACACCUCAAGUGCUGAAGGCUCUGGCUCCAGGCUCUCAGCCUCCGUUCCUCCUCUACAACGAUGACGUCAAAACUGACACUAACAAAAUUGAGGAGUUCCUGGAGGAAAACUUAGCCCCACCACAGUAUACAAAGUUGUGCUGUCGAUACAAAGAGUCCAACGGUGCUGGAGACGACAUCUUCCGAAAUUUCUCAGGAUAUAUAAAAAAUCCUAUUCCUGGAUUCAAUGACAGGCUCGAGAAAAAAUUCCUGUCAACUCUGGUGAAGCUGACCAUGUACCUAGAGACUCCUCUCCCCCAUGAGCUGGAACAGAACCCCAAUGCCACUGAGUCUUCGCGCCUCUACCUGGAUGGUGACACCCUCACCUUGGCAGACUGCAACUUGCUUCCCAAACUUAAUAUUGUCAAGGUGGUGUGCAAGCAGUACCGCAACUUUGCCAUCCCUAGAGAGCUGAAAGGUCUGACACGUUAUCUGGAUAAUGCCUACAAACAAGAUGAGUUUCGUUACACGUGCCCAAAAGACUCAGAGAUCCUCAUUGCCUACCAGUCUGUAGCAAAGUACCUGAACAAAUAACAAAUCAAGAGGGAGAGAUGAAGCUGCGUGAGUGAGAACAAAGAGAGAGAGAGUAAUGCGGAGAACAACAUGAAAAGGUGACAAGAUGUCUGAAAACUUUACAUUUAUGUUUUAUUUGUGUCAAAAUUAGAGUUUGGAUAAUGAAAUGUUUGCAGUUUGUACAACAAUUGGCUUUAAAACAAAAAGUAUUUAAAUUUGAUAACUGUUACUUUAAAUUUGCUUACAAUUUAUAUUUGUAUUUAUGUACUCUUGCAUACUCUGGUUGUACUGAUGUAUAUUUCUUAUUUAACCCCAGUAAGAGUACAUAAGCACUGUAAAUCCCAGAGGAUAUUUAUGUUAUGUCUUGUUUUGUAUGCAUAUAUUCUGUCUAAGUAAAUACAUGAUGUUGAUUGCAAUUUAUUAAUGGCAUGUUGACAUUAAAUCAGAUGCAUCUUUAGAUUGAAUAUCAUAUGAUUAGAAAAUUACUAGCGUAAAAAAAGCAAAAAAAAGGCAGAUUCCAAAAAUAUUCUUUGCUAUCAAAGUGUCUUUUAAUGGUAGGGUUUUAAGCUAACAAGGAACACUGUUUCUCUUGAGAAAAUGAGUUAACAAUCAUUUUUCACAGUCCGUCCCGUUUAAUUGUUUUGUGUGUGUAAAUGAUUCAUAUAUCUCAGUAGUAACUCAGUUGUGUUUAACUUUGACAUACAUGUAAUCUAACUGAAUGAGGACAGGGUGAAGAUAUGUAUAUUUGUACAUGGUAUAUAUUAAAGACUGUGUAAAAGUGC